AAAAGAAGUGACACAUAUUAUUUUCAGCUUUUCACCAUAUAGACAAUUAUACAUACCGGCACUGCAUAGAGAGUUCCAACACUACCAAAUUAAACCCAGAUUCUCAGUGUUACACUUUCAUGCAUGUAACCAUGAGCCCAUCAACUUAUACCAUAUCUCUAAACACACGGUUCUUUCAUAAAGAUAGUGUUAACGGGCGAGUUGUGGGGGUUUCUGCAGUGGGUCAAAGACGAUGGCUGCAACAGCUACUGCUGCAUUCCACCAGGAAUAAGUUUAGGUUUCUGGUAUUAAUGGUUUUCUGCAGUGGGCUUUUUAUUAACACUAGUACUAGUGUAUCUACAAGACCAGAUGUGGUUAACAUUGGGGCUAUUUUCUCUUUCAAUUCUUCCAUCGGCAAAGUUUCAAAAGUCGCAAUAGAAGCUGCAAUCGAAGAUGUGAAUUCCAAUCCAGCAGUUUUAGUUGGAACUAAGUUGAAACUUUCAAUGCAGGAUACCAAAUUAUCUAGCGGAUUUCUGGGUAUUGUUGAGGCUUUACGGUUGAUGGAGAAUUAUACAGUGGCCAUACUUGGUCCCCAGUACUCAGUUAUGGCUCAUGUAAUUUCACAUAUUGCGAAUGAACUCCAUGUGCCUCUAUUAUCCUAUGCAGCAACUGACCCCACCCUGAAUUCACUUCAGUUUCCUUACUUUGUUCGAACAACGCAAAGUGAUCUCUUUCAGAUGGCUGCAGUAGCAGAAAUUGUAGCCUACUAUGAAUGGCGAGAUGUAAUAGCAAUCUAUAUUGAUGAUGAUCAUGGGAGAAAUGGGGUUGCUGCCUUAGGGGACAAACUAGCUGAGAAACGAUGUAAAAUAUCAUAUAAAGUUCCUAUGAGCCCUGACUUAACCCAUAAUGACAUCACCAAUGCACUGGUCAAGGUGGCUUUGAUGGACUCUCGGAUUAUUAUCCUCCACAUUUAUGAUACCUGGGGUCUAGAGUUACUUGAUGUGGCACGCAAUAUGCAGAUAAUGGGAAGUGGAUAUGUGUGGAUAGCUACUGAUUGGCUUUCUACAAUACUAGAUACAGACUCUUCCCUCUCUUUAUCAAAAUUGAAUAGCGUUCAAGGGGUUCUUACAUUGCGUAUGCACACAUCGGAUUCAGAUUUCAAAAAGAGUUUUGUUUCUAGGUGGAGAAACUUAACUGCUGCAGGAGACACAGAUAAUGGCCUUGUAGGACUAAAUUCUUAUGGUCUGUAUGCCUAUGACACUGUUUGGCUUCUUGCUCAUGCACUUGACACAUUUUUCGAUCAGGGUAAAAACAUUUCAUUCUCAAAUGAUUCAAGUUUAAACGAGUUUCAUGGAGGGAACUUGCAUUUUGAUGCUAUGAGUGUCUUUGAAGGAGGGAAACAGUUACGUGAUAACAUUUUACAGGUUAAUAUGAGUGGUGUAACUGGCCCAAUUAAGUUCACUCCUGAUGGUAAUCUCAUUCAUCCUUCAUAUGAAGUCAUCAAUGUGAUUGGCACGGGGUUUAGGACAAUUGGUUAUUGGUCCAAUUCGUCUGGCUUAUCAAUUGUGCCUCCAGAAAAGCUCAAUGCACAACCAAAUGGUUCCAUUUCAAUUCAACCAUCACUUUAUGGUGUAAUCUGGCCAGGACAAACAGCUCAAAAGCCUCGUGGAUGGGUAUUCUCAAGCAAUGGAAGGCAAUUGAGAGUUGGAGUUCCAAUACAUGUUAGCUAUAGUGAAUUUGUCUCUAGAAUUGAAGGCUCUGAUAUGUUUGGUGGUUAUUGCAUUGAUGUUUAUAAUGCUGCAAAGGACAUGUUACCAUAUCCAGUCCCGUCUAAGUUUAUUCCAUUUGGGGAUGGACACAAUAAUAUAAUAACCCAAGAUCUUCUUCACAAGAUCACAACCGGUGAAUUUGAUGCUGUGGUUGGAGACAUUACAAUUACCACAAACAGGACAAAGAUAGUGGAUUUUACACAGCCAUAUAUUGAGUCUGGGCUAGUGGUUGUGGCCCCAGUUUUGAAGUUGAACUCUAGUGCUUGGGCAUUUCUAAGACCAUUUACUCCAACGAUGUGGUGUGUCACAGGAAUAUCUUUCCUUCUUGUGGGAGCAGUUAUUUGGAUUUUGGAGCGCAGGACAAAUGAUGAAUUUCGUGGCCCUCCUAGAAAGCAAUUUGUCACCAUUGUAUGGUUCAGCUUUUCCACUUUGUUUUCCUCUCAUAGAGAAACGAUUGCCAGCACCCUUGGUCGCAUGGUGCUUCUCAUAUGGCUUUUUGUAGUUCUAAUACUCAAUUCAAGCUACACUGCAAGUCUGACCUCAAUACUGACAGUGGAACAGCUUUCUUCAUCUGUCAAAGGGAUUGAAAGUUUAAUAUCAAACAACGAUCCCAUUGGGUACCGGCGUGGUUCAUUUGCUGAAAAGUAUUUGACCGUGGAGCUCAACAUACAAAAGAACAGACUUGUUCCUCUCAACUCGCAAAACGAAUAUGAGAAAGCCUUGAGGGAUGGUCCAAAGAAGGGUGGUAUUGCUGCAAUGGUUGAUGAGCGCGCAUACAUGGAUCUCUUCCUCUCCACCCGAUGUGAAUUUGGUAUAGUAGGUCAGGAGUUCACCAAAAUGGGGUGGGGUUUUGCUUUUCCACGGGACUCACCAUUAGCAAUUGACAUGUCAACUGCCAUCCUGAAACUAUCAGAGAAUGGGGAUCUGCAGAGGAUACAUAACAAAUGGCUUACAAGAAGUGCAUGCAACUCAGAAGGUGCAAAGCAAGAUGUAGACCGCCUUCAUCUUAAAAGUUUUUGGGGCCUCUUUUUACUAUGUGGCUCAGUUUGCUUUCUUGCUCUUCUUUUGUAUCUCAUUAAGAUGGUGCACCAGUACACAAGGCAUUCCGAUGGGAGCUCCAAGAAAUCAUUUCUUUCAUUUGUCAAAGACAAGGAAGAGGAUGCAGAUAAAAUGCAAGAGGAAUGCAAAAGUGGAGCCAAGAGAAGGCUAAGUGAGGGGGUCUCAAUUGGAAGAGUGCAUGAAGAUGAAACUUCAGAUGGUUCCAAUAAUCGUGGUGUUUAUGCAGGAUAUGAAGCCUAAUAAUUGGUUCCUUCUUCUUCUUGAAGCUUUUAGUUAAGUAAUGAAUCUCCAUAUGUUUGUUUUUCUUAAUCGAUAAGAAUGAAUUUACAUA